AUGACAACGGUCGUCGUCGUCGUUGUCGUUGUCGUCAGUGGCGAUGGCGCGGCACAUAGCGAUGAUGAUUAUGGGCGAGAAGUGCAAGGGCGGCGAUGUAUGCACGGUGGUGUGCCCAUCAAAACAGUGAAUCUAAAGGUGGGUCUCGACAUGAAUGACGGAUGGGAAGCAGCUUCGCUCUAUCUCAAGUUUGCCGCUUCAGGAGAUUGGGCUCUUCUCAACAAGGAAGGAUUCAAUAUAAUCCUUUCGACGGCAUCGAAGAGCAUGUUUGGAGAGUCAUAUUCGAUUUCAUCGGAGGAAAUGUCCGAGAAGGAAAAGGGCGUUCACUCUCGUCUAAUCGAAAAAGCCGCACGUCUUCAACGUAAACGUCUACGUGGUCAGAAACGAGAGAAACUACGUCGUGAACGGAAGUCUCGGCAUAGUCUACUGAAGAAAGCGAUCCGAGACGCGAAAGCAAUCCAGAAAGCCGCAGCCGCAGCAGGAAAGGUCGUUGUAGUCGACAAAGAGCUAAAAAGGCAGUGGAAAGCUGCACAGGAAGCGGCAUCGCGACGUCGCGAAGAAAAAGCGAGAAGACGUGCUGAGCACGAGACUCGCAAAGAGGCACGUCGUGCGAAACGCGAUAAGAAGCGAGGACGUAAGCGACGUGAUCCGAAUAAGGCGAGCUCGGCAAGCAAGAAAACCAAGGACAACACACUGAUAGCUGUUGCCAGCACUAUCUCUGCUGGUGCUACCGUCGCCGGUGGUGCUAUCGUAGGCACGGCCGAAGUUGGAUCAUUCAAGGAACGUCAAGGACGUGAACCCAAGUUCGUAAGUGACAACAACGACGUCAAGGCCAUCCCCUGCCGCUGUGGACCGGCCGGCGAAAAAGCGAUGACGAGUUUGAGAUUUCGGCCAUCGUUUGAAUGUUAA